CGGGAACAGCCGCGCGGCUGACAGGAAACGCUCCGCGGAUACGCGCGGAGGGUUCUAGUGGGCCGUCUCCGGUGUACUGCGGCCCCGCAGCGAGUGCGAGCGCGGAGGCGGAAGGAGCAGCGGACACCCAGGGGCCCGAGGCCCGGACGGAAACCGCGGAGGGCGGGGAGGCCGCGGCCUAGAGCGGCGCUGCGGCGCGGUGGGCGGGACCAAGGCGAGCGCGGAGGCGAUUGGCUGGCGGUCCGGCGUCGCUGGUGACGCACCGCGCGGGGAGGGUGCGCGCGCCUUCAGCGGCCUCUUUGUGUGGUGUCCUGAUAGGGGAGCGGAGGUGGCGGCCGCGGCGGCCCUGGUAGGGUUCCAGCGUCCUCGGCUCGCCCUCGGGCAGCAGCGCGCCCCUUCCCUCCCCCUCCCGCCUCUUCCCCGCCGGCGGCGGCGGCGGCCGGGCCCGGGCUCCGACGAGGCCUCGGCGACCGCUAACGGCGACGGCGACUCCGCGGAGUGCGCAGGGCGGGGGCAGGGCCCGGGCGGCCGACAUGGAGAACUCGCAGCUCUGUAAGCUGUUCAUCGGCGGCCUCAACGUCCAGACGAGUGAGUCGGGGCUGCGCGGCCACUUCGAGGCCUUCGGGACGCUGACGGACUGCGUGGUGGUGGUGAACCCCCAGACCAAGCGCUCCCGCUGCUUCGGCUUCGUGACCUACUCGAACGUGGAGGAGGCGGACGCCGCCAUGGCCGCGUCGCCGCACGCGGUGGACGGCAACACGGUGGAGCUGAAGCGCGCCGUGUCGCGCGAGGAUUCGGCGCGGCCCGGGGCGCACGCCAAGGUGAAGAAGCUGUUCGUGGGCGGCCUCAAGGGCGACGUGGCAGAGGGCGACCUGAUCGAGCACUUCUCGCAGUUCGGCGCGGUGGAGAAGGCGGAGAUCAUCGCCGACAAGCAGUCGGGCAAGAAGCGCGGCUUCGGCUUCGUCUACUUCCAGAGCCACGACGCGGCCGACAAGGCGGCGGUGGUCAAGUUCCACCCGAUCCAGGGCCACCGCGUGGAGGUGAAGAAGGCGGUGCCCAAGGAGGAUAUCCACGCGGGCGGCGGGGGCGCGCGGGCGGCCCGGGGCGGGCGCGGCGGCGGCGGGGGGCGCGGCGGCGGCGGCCGCGACCAGAACGGGCUGGCCAAGGGCGGCGGCGGCGGCUACAACAGCUACGGCGGCUACGGGGGCUACGGCGCCUACGGGGGCGGCGGCGGCGGCUCGUAUGGCGGCAGCGACUACGGCAACGGCUUCGGCGGCUUCGGCAGCUACAGCCAGCACCAGUCCUCGUACGGGCCGAUGAAGAGCGGCGGCGGCGGCGGCGGCAGCUGGGGCGGCCGCAGCAACAGUGGACCGUACAGAGGCGGCUACGGCGGCGGCGGCUACGGCGGAGGCUCGUUCUAGAGGCCGGGUUCCGGAUGCCGGCGGCGGGCGCGGCCA